AUGGCUUCAGAGGAUCACUACAAACACGCAAUAUUACUCUACGCCCGUCUCAAGGCUGAAGCCGGCGACUACCCGCACUGGAAUGGAUUACACAUCUACGACAUGAUCAAGGAGGGUGUUAGCGACGAACACAUCGAAGCCGAGUGGAAGUAUGCUUUGUCGGUGCAUCAAGACUUCAAGAGUGAAGCGGCAGAGGUCCUAUCGCGCUUGAGAAGGUUGAGUGUUGACCGUUCUCACAUCAGCGAAUAUCUUAUUGCACUAUGGAUGAACGAAGGAGUGCCGGAACGAACCAUGGCCUUGCAGUACCUUCUGACUACACUUGCGCCAACUACCGAGGACCCGAAAGCAUGCUUGACUGAGCUGGAAGAUCAAAUGGGCCCUUGUCCAUCGAUGACGGAAGAGUACAUCCUGAGCUGCAUCCAUAAGGGUACUCCCGGCGUAGAACUUACUGGUGAGUAUGCAAGACGUGUAUACGAAGCGCAAUUGGCAGAGCAAGUAGACUUCGCAGACCCUAUGUCCGACGAGGACUUGUGGUUCGAGCUGCAUUUCGGUCUUUUAUACGCUACCACUAAACUUCCGUCGGCACCCAUCGUUUUGCGGCAUCCAGAGCGCUCCCUGGAUCAAUACAACAUGUACUUCAACGACAGUUCUGGCAUAGACAUGAGUCUCUUCAACGCCAAAACAGAUAGAUUGGCAGUAAAAACGGCCAUGAAUUUACACUGGCGAGUGAACCUAUUCAUCAGAGAGGGCGAUCACCCAAAAGCCUUGCGAACGACCAUCACAGCAGAACAUCUCGAAGCAUAUCGGAAGAUACGUGACAACGUCAUCGAUGAUGAGAGCAACCUAGAUGUGGAGAGUCAUGGCGCGCUCUGGCAGUUCCUCAUGGACCUAGCAGCAGAGUUGCAUCCAGAUCCACCCUCACCACAGGAUCCCGAGCGCGGCCCCAUGCCGUCUACUCAUGUAGCCAAGCCGACCACAGGAUCCAGGCCGCGAUGGACCACGGCCGAACGAAGCGCCCUUUGGCGCUGCAUUAACAGGUGGUGCAACAAAAACGGCGUGGACCAGUUCGAGCUACACAAAUUCAAGAAGGCCAAAUGUAUAGAAUUUGCGGAGGAGAUAAAGGCAGAUUGUGCAGAGAAAGGUGAGGUGUCAAAUCGCAGCCCAACUAGCGUCUACAAUCAGAUAAAAGAUGCGCAUCGCAAGGACGACCCUACGGUACCGAACUGGCGGAUCACAGAUUUGUUCAACCGUGCAGAGGAAAUGAGAGAGAUAAUCGCACGCGGCGACCAUGUUUCGAAGAAGGAAAGACGUCCGAAAGCAGCCAUCAAGGUUCCAGGGGAUGAUGAGUCUGAGGAUGGAUUGGAAGGUUCUGAUACGGAUGAAGACUAA